AUGAAUGAAGCAGCCCUCCCUUUCCCCCUCCACCUUCUCUUCCUCUUCCGGCAUGAACUCUUCUUCUUCCUUCUUGUCCUCUUCCAGGGCCAGAGUAGUUGGGCGGCCCCUAGGGAUGGAGAGAACCCUAUGCAAGUAGAGCCGAAGUGGCCAGUGGUCCCGGCUGGAGGCUCCAUUCAGCUCCGGUGCUCCAUGGCCUGCCCUGGGAACGAAGCCGCGGUGCAAUGGAAGGGGCUGGAUACGAGCCUCAGCAACACCGUCUCAGAGCCGGGGCUCAGCAUCCUGACCAUCCACAAAGCCACGCUCUCUAUGGCUGGGACCAGAGUGUGCAUCGGCACGUGCCAAGGCCAAACCUACCAGGAGCGUGUCGAGCUGCUAGUCUACACCUUUCCGGACAAAGUGGAAGUGUCCCCGAGCACCUUGGUCCUUGGGCAGGCAGCCACCCUGGCCUGCUCGGCCCAAGAGGUGUUCCCUUAUGAAGGCUACCUGACGUUCUCCUGGUACCGGGGAGAUAAGAAGCUGGGAGGACUCAAGUUCCUUCAUGAUGAUGUGAAGAAUGAGCAAGAAGCAGAGACUGGGGAGUAUCCGGAAGUGUUCAGCGUCACCAAGUACUGGGCCCUACCAGCGGACCUUGUGACCCUGGGACCGGAGCUCCGCUGCCUGGUUGAGAUGAAGCUUGAGCAUCAGGUUCUCAACCACAGCCGGGGCAUAGCUGUCUGGCCCAGGAUGACAUCCCCGGAACCAAGCACCCCUCUGGCAACAAAGACCCCUGAGGGGCUGCUUCUGCCCUCCUCAGAGGCCCCUAGAGUACAGGAUUACACCUCCACGCUUCCCGACACCACGGCUUCCUCCCUGACUUUGGGCCCUGGGUCUUCGCUAUCCCCUACUUCAAAACCCAGCACCGGCUCUCUGUGCCUCCCCGAAAUAUCCUGGUCCCAAACAUCAGGGGUCAAUGGGAGUCACCUGAUGCUAAGAUGCAAGACAGUGUGUGAAGGGGCCUCUGUGUCCUGGAGCCAGGCCCCGGGCAGCCUGGCAGACUACCAGAGACAGGAGGCUGGGGCCCAGGCCACCCUAAUCAUAAUGCAUCCAGGACCCCAGAACAGGGGGCUGUACCAGUGCCAACAAGAACCCGGGGGUCAAACGGCCAGGAUAUCCCUGGACAAGAACAUCGUGCCUGAUGUGGACAAAUGGGGCAACUCAGCAGCCCUGUGGACAGGUGGUUGCCUGCUGGGGUUGAUCCUUAUGGCCUUCUUCUCUUACCGCCUAUGGAGAUGGCUCAGGACGAAGGACUGUGCCUCUCUCCAGACCUGAGCCCAGCCUUGAAAGCACACUCUUUGCCACAGCCCUGGCUGAAUACCAAGCUCUAGAUCCUGCCAGCUUCCAGGGCUGGGAAGUGGACUGGCCAGUGUAAAAAGUAGGGAGGUGAUCCCCCAUCCUGAGCCUCCCUUGGGUCUGCCACCCAGAGGGCCCUCAAAACUGGCUCCCACAGCUAGGUGGAAUGGAAGCAAGGUAGUCCUCAGGGCUGGGUAGGGACAGUUUGGGAGGGUCCCACUAGGCUCUCUCCCACCAGCUGGUUCUUCUCUUUGGGGCAGGAAUGGGUGGGAAGUCCAUUUCUGAUCACCCCAGGGUCUGACUAAUAAAGAGUUCGUCUGUCUGUGAAGCUGCUGCUCCUGCUAACUGAGAGCCACACAGCUCCGACUGUCCAAAUAUGGAAGGUCCAAGCUGGAAGGGAUCUCUGAAGACAGAACAUCAGAACCGCCUGGGACCUUAGAGAACAUCAUUUACUCAUUUAAUACACAAACAGCUGGCUCUGGAAAAAAGAGGACCUGGGUUCAAUUCCUGCUUCUAACACCUAUUAGCUAUGUGACUUGAGCAAGUUAUUAGAUCUAGGUGUUGCAAUAGAUAAAACUGGGCCUAGAGUUAGGAAGACCCAAGUUUAAAUCCAGCCUCAGACACUUAUGUACUACACGAUCUUGGACAAGUCAUUUAACUUCUGUCUCUACUUCCUCAACUGCAAAAUAAGGGUAAUAAUUGCAUCUAUCUUGAAGGAUUAUUGUGAGCAUCAAAUGAUAGAAUAUUUAUAAAGCACUCAGCAUAAUGCCUGGCCUGCAGAAAGCACUGAAUAAAUCCUUGUUCUUCUUUCCCUGCCUCCUUUUCCUCAUCUGUAAAAUAAGAAUACAGCUGGCCUCCGCAGUCCCUUCUGACUCCAGACCUCUGGAUCCUAUCCUCCCUACCCCUAACUCUAACUUUAUUGUGAAUUCGACAAGUGUUUACCUAGGACUCACUCUGUGCUAGGCACUGUACUCAAUGCUAAGGAUAUAGAGCAACCCCAACCUGGUCCCUGCUAACAUUCCAAUGUGGGAGAGCAGAAGGGUUGGAAUCAUAUGGAUGUAGACACAAAGUAUAUACAGACUAAUGGAGGUGGAUAGAGGGAAAGAGUGCUAACAGCUGUUAGGACCAGGAGAAC